CAUUGUAUCUCUUUAUAAGGAGGAAAGUAGUUCUUGGGUUGUAAUAUUAAUCCACUAUCUGAUACAUUAUUUCAAAAGGCAUCAGGUUUGUGUGCAAAUGCACGGCUAAAAUAGUGAUAUUCGAUUAAAUAUUUUCAGCGUUUGUGCUUUGAAGGCGGAUACCGAUGACACUUGAAGCGUUUAAGGUGUGAACUACAUGACAUGGCGGAGUAAUAACUAAUGCGCUCUACGCCUUUUCCUUUUUGAGAAAUUGCUCGGAGUUUUGGAAAUAGAGGAGGUUGAGCCAAGCUGUACCGGGCUGAUGAGUCCUAGGGGCAGCAUCACUUUUGAAAGUUUACGUUGGUGGUUUCAAACAGACGCCAAUUUCGCAAUGUCCUCAUUUUCGCUGUUUGUUUACCUUUUUGGUGGUUGGGUUGCAUGAGCUGUGCCGUAAUUUUACUAACACGCGCUCCGGCUGGCGAUUUCAGAGACCGGGUCCUCUAAAUAGAAUGUUACCAAGCCAGGCUGGAUCAGCACCAUCUGGAAACGGAUCAGCGUCUGUCAGUGGUAACACAGGUCACGGUUCUGUCGUUAUUGGGAGUGGAAUUCGCCCUGUGUUGGUCAGAGCAGUGCAGACGACAACUGGGGUCAGCGACAGCACCGGUGCGGUUGGGAUGUUGGGGGGCAACGGUCCAGAAGUGGGUCCAAGAGGUGGGGCAAGACCAGUGAGCGGGACGGGACUGACGACUCUACAGACCGCCGGCCAUGGAGGCAUCGGAAGUUUGAAUACGGGAGUUGGGGUUCACGGAGGCAGCCGGUACGACCCAGACAAAAAGUGUGCGCCCAUGGGGUGCAGUGGGUCAGACGCUGAUUCGGACUCGGGGGAUGAUGACGACAUGAUGGGAUCAAUCAGAGACAACAGAAGAGGUGUAAAGCGGGAGAGACUGGAGAUGGAGGCUGCGGUAACAGGGCAGGGGACUGGGGUACCACCCGGGGCUUAUGGUUUAGUCCCCGGAGGUGUUGCUGGCGCAAAGCCGGGGAAGAAGACACGUGGACGUGUAAAGAUAAAAAUGGAAUUUAUCGACAACAAGUUGAGGCGAUACACAACUUUUAGCAAGAGGAAGACAGGCAUAAUGAAGAAGGCUUAUGAGCUCUCCACGUUGACAGGAACCCAGGUCCUGCUACUGGUGGCCAGCGAGACGGGCCACGUCUACACGUUCGCCACGCGGAAGCUCCAGCCCAUGAUCACCAGCGAGACAGGCAAGGCCCUCAUCCAGACGUGCCUCAACUCUCCGGACUCCCCGCCCCGCAACGACCCCUCCACUGACCAGCGUAUGAGCGCCACAGGCUUCGAGGAGACGGACCUUACCUACCAGGUGUCUGAGUCGGAGAGCCUUGGGGAGACCAAGGACCAGCUAAAGCCUGCGUUCACGGUGACCAGCCUCCCGGGCACCACCAGUUCCCACGCGCCCACGGCCCCCACCACCUCCACCAGCAUGCAGGUAAGCAGCGGGCCCUCCUUCCCAAUUACCAACUACCUGGCGCCCGUCUCGGCCAGCAGCAACGUCAAUGCCAACGGCACCAUCCUCAAGACCACUGGUUCCUCCGGAGGGCAGGUCAUGCAGCUGCCCAGCGGUUUCACCUUCAUGUCAGCAGGCACGCCGCUCCCCCCUGGCACCCCCACCAUUCCUCUCAGCCAGCUGCACCAGCACUCCUUGGCCAUCCAGGGACAGACGCUCACCUCAUCGCAACUGACACAGCAGGGCCAGCAGGCCGUCUUCCGCUUUCCCACUGCAGUCUCCCUAGGGGGAGGAAUGACCCAGCAGCUGCAGGCCAUCCAGGUGCACCCCACCACACAUGCCAAUGACAGCAGCUCGGAGAUCUCCCAGACCUCCUCUGUCUCCACUGCGACCAUCGUCACAUCGUCAGUGCCCACAUCUAUGGCGGGUCACAUGAUGUACACCAGCCCCCAUACAGUGAUGUAUGCGUCCACGCCCACGCUGACCGAUGGUGGCCUGGCUGUGCUGAACACCUUUUCCCAGGGCCCCUCGGCCAUGCAGGUGUCCCAUGGACAGUGCCAGGACACAGGUGAGACCACGCUAGACUACAGUAGGCUACGCUGGGACACAGGUGCUGUCCCUCAGGUAUUCCUUACGGCACCCUCGGGCACCAUGCAGAUCCCAGUCUCGGCAGUGCAGCUACACCCAAUGGUGAUUAGUCAGAAGUCGAGGCACAGCAGCAGUAACCUGACAGAGCUGCAGAUGGUCAACCUGGAUACCACACAGAGCGCUAAGAACGACUGACAGACAAACGCAUGAAAACUGGCCAAAUAGACAAAGACUCUCUAUUUAUUGAUGCCUUAGCACUUCAUUUUACACCUCUGUCACUUUACAGUACAAUACUGUAAGUAAACAGUCCAUUCGGAAAGUAUUCAGACCCCCUUGUUCCACAUUUUGAUACGUUACAGCCUUAUUCUAAAAUUGAUUAAAUUGUUGUUUUUCUCUUCAGUCUACACACAAUAGCCCACAAUGACAAAGCAAAAACAGAAUUUUAGAAAUGUUUACACAUUUAUUACAAAUUGAAAACUGAAAUAUCAAAAGUUUGGGGUCACUUUGUAAUUUCCUUGUUUUCCAUGAAAACAUACAUGAAAUGAGUUGAAAAAUGAAUAGGAAAUAUAGUCAAGACGUUGACACGGUUAUAAAUAAUGAUUUUUAAUUGUGUCCUUCAAACUUUGCUUUCAUCAAAGAAUCAUUUUGCAGCAAUUACAGCCUUGCAGACCUUUGGCAUUCUAGUUGUCAAUUUGUUGAGGUGAUCUGAAGAGAUUUCACCUCAUGCUUCCUGAAGCACCUCCCACAAAUUGGAUUGGCUUGAUUGGGCACAUCUUACGUACCAUACUGUCAAGCUGCUCCCACAACAUCUCAAUAUGGUUGCGAUCCGGUGACUGUGCUUGCCACUCCAUUAUAGACAGAAUACCAGCUGACUGCUUCUCCCUAAAUAGUCUUGCAUGGUUUGGAGCUGUGCUUUGGGUCAUUGUCCUGUUGUAGGAGGAAAUUGGCUCCAAUUAAGCGCAGUACACAGGGUAUGGCAUGGCGUUGCAAAAUGGAGUGAUAGCCUUCCUUCUUCAAGAUCCCUUUUACCCUGUACAAAUCUCCUACUUUACCACCACCAAAGCACCCCCAGACCAUCACAUUGCCCCCACGAUUCUUGACAGAUGGCGUCAAGCAGUCCUCCAGCAUCUUUUCAUUUUUUCUGCAUCUCACGAAUGUUCUCUGUGAUCCGAACACCUCAAACUUAGAUUCGUCUGUCCAUAACACUUUUUUCCAGUCUUCCUCUGUCCAGUGUCUGUGUGCUCUUUUGCCCAUUAUUAAUAUUUUAUUUUUAUUGGCCAGUCUGAGAGUUGGCUUUUUCUUUACAACUCUGCCUAGAAGGCCAGCAUCCCGGAGUCGCCUCUUCACUGUUGACAUUGAGACUGGUGUUUGCGGGUACUAUUUAAUAAAGCUGCCAGUUGAGGACUUGUGAGGUGUCUGUUUCUAAAACUAGACACUCUAAUAUACUUGUCCUCUUGCUCAGUUGUGCACUGGGGCCUCCCACUCCUCUUUCUAUUCUGGUUAGAGCCAGUUUGCGCUGUACUGUGAAGGGAGUAGUUCACAGCGUUGUACGAGAUCUUCAGUUUCUUGGCGAUUUCUCGCAUGGAAUAGCCUUAAUUUCUCAGAACAAGAACAGACUGACGAGUUUCAGAAGAAAGUUCUUUGUUUUCUGUCCAUUUUGAGCCUGUAAUCGAACCCACAAAUGCUGAUGCUCCAGAUACUCAACUAGUCUAAAGAAGGCAAGUUUUAUUGCUUCUUUAAUCAGGACAACAGUUUCAGCUGUGCUAACAUAAUUGCAAAAGGGUUUUCUAAUGAUCAAUUAGCUUUUUAAAAUGAUAAACUUGGAUUAGCUAACACAAUGUGCCAUUGGAACACAGGAGUGAUGUUUGCUGAUAAUGGGCCUUUGUACGAGCUAUGUAGAUAUUCCAUAUUCAAUACAAAAUCAUCUGUUUCCAGCUACAAUAGUCAUUUACAACAUUAACAAUUUCUACACUGUAUUUCUGAUAAAUGUUAUGUUAUUUUAAUGGACAAAAAAGUAGCUUUUCUUUCAAAAACAAGGACAUUUCUCAGUAACUCCAAACUUUUGUACGGUAGUGUAAGUAUUCAGAACCUUUACUCAGUACUUUGUUGAAGCAUCUUUGGCAGUAAUUACAGCCUCGAGUCUUCCUGGGUAUGACACUACAAGCUUGGCACACCUGUAUUUGGAGAGUAUCUCCCAUUCUUCCCCACAGAUCCUCUCAUGAUCCUCCCAUUCUCCCCAUCCAACCUCUGUCACAGCUAUUUUCAGGUCUCUCCAGAGAUGUUCGAUUGGGUUCAAGUCCGUGCUCUGGCUGGGCCACUCAAGGACAUUCAGAGACUUGUCCCGAAGCCACUCUUGCGUUGUCUUGGCUGUGUGCUUUGGGUCGUUGUCCUGUUGGAAGGUGAACUUUCACCGCAGUCUGAUGUCCUGAACACUCUGGAGCAGGUUUUGAUCAACAAUCUCUCUGUACUUUUCUAAGUUUAUCUUUGCCUCGAUCCUGACUAGUCUCCCAGUCUCUGCCGCUGAAAAACAUCCCCACUGCAUGAUGCUGCCACCACCAUGCUUCACCGUAGGGAUGGUGCCAGGUUUCCUCCAGAGGUGAUACUUGGCAUUCAAGCCAAAUAGUUCAAUCUUGGUUUCAUCAGACCAGAGAAUCUUGUUUCUCAUGGUCUGAGUCCUUUGGGUGCCAUUUGGCAAACUCCAAGUGGGCUGUCAUGUUCCUUUUACUGAGGAGUGAUUUCAGUUUGGCCAUUCUACCAUAAAGGCCUGAUUGGUGGAGUGCUGCAGAGAUGGUUGUCCUUCUGGAAGGUUCUCCCAUCUCCACAGAGGAACUCUGGAGCUCUGUCAGUGACCAUUGGGUUCUUGUUCACCUCGCUGACAAUGGCCCUUCUCCCCUAAUUGUUCAGUUCGACUGGGUGGCCAGCUCUAGGAAGAGUCUUGGUGCUUCCAAACUUCUUCAAUUUAAGAGUGAUGGAGGCCACUGUAUUUUUGGGGACCUUCAAUGGGGCAACAUUUUUUGGUACCCUUCCCCAGAUCUGUGCCAAAAAAGGUCCCCAGAUCCUGUCUCAGAGCUCUACAGAGCUCUUCUUCGAGCUCAUGGCUUGGUUUUUGUUCUGAUAAUUUACUGUCAACUGUGGGACCUUAUAUAGACAGGUGUGUGCCUUUACAAAUCAUGUCCAAUCAAAUUAAUUUACCACAGGUGGUCUCCAAGUUGUAGAAACAUCUCAAGGAUGAUCAAUGUUAACAGGAUGCACCUGAGCUCAAUUUCAUGUCUCAUAGCAAAGGGUCUGCAUAUUUAGGUAAAUAAGGUAUUUCAGUUUUGUUUUUUUAUGAGCUAAAAAUUCAUAAAAACUGUUUUCGCUUUGUCAUUAUGGGGUAUUGUUUAUAGAUUGAUGGAAAAUGUUUAUUUUAUUAAUUUUAGAAUUAGGCUGUAAUGUAACAAAAUGUGGAAAAAGUCAAGGGGUCUGAAUACGUUCCGAAAGCACUGUACACACGCACGGAAGGGUGUGUGUUGUUAACCCUUGUAUGUUAGUAAAUGUUUGAAAAAACAUAUGUAUUCAUUCACUAAAGCAUAGGAAGGAAUUGAGGUUUCACUACAUCCCCUUUUCUAUUGGGUGUUUUUUCUUUUUGUUUAUCUUUUUUUGGAAGAUCUGUAAGUAAUUGCCAUGUGAACACGAUGCAGGUGCUGCAGCUUCACACGUCAGCCAAAGAUACAUUAAUUGUCUGAAUGUUUGUGCGUUUGUGUGUGGGGUUGCAAGAGUGAGAUUUAUAAAUGGGUGGGGAAUGCAGGACAUUGAGAUUAAAGACAUUUGGAAAUGUACAUAAUUAUUUUUUAAAUUGAAUCAAAUUGUAUUUUUAGCCUGUUUGUGCGAUGGCAUGUAGUUGUUUUCUAUUUAGUUGUUUUGUGUGUAUAUAUAUAUAUAUAUGCAACUAAUUUGCAUAUAAAUAAAUUAUUUACACACUAUGUAUGUAAAUUAAUGUAAUAUUCGUGCAUAUUAUGUUGAUUUAUAUAUGCGGAUGGGAAUUGACAUCCAGGACAAUCUACUCUUUUCAAGUCAGUGCAAAGACGCUGGAGAUUUGUUGACGUUUUCCAUUUUGACAUCUGAGGGGUAUUUCUUAAAGCAGGAUUAACGAGUUGGCUAAACCUUACUAAAUAAAAGUCUGAAACAGCCACUUACUGGACUUCCUACUUGAUCUGUAAUGAGUAGUAUUUUGAUUUCAAUAACUAUUUUUACAUAAAUUUAUGAAUCUUAAAGUAUAAACAUGAAUAUUGAGUAGGAUAAACUUGAACCGGGCAUGAUAAAAAUGUAUAAUAUAAAUGAGCUAGUUGGAUAAUGUAAUGAUCCUGCGUUGUGAAAUACAAACCAGCUUGUGCCAAACUGACAAUGAUAGUGGUGGAGAAGUGCAUUUUCCCUAGUGACGAAUUCUUUCUAGAGUGAUCCACAAUGACCCCUUGCCUUGCUGAAGGACUGGGUCUACUGGUGCCUGUAUGGCCAUGUAGGCUACUGAAAGCUACUGUUAUGUUCUCUAAUCAGGGCAGAUGUGAGCAGGACACUGGCAAGCUCCUGUGUAGAGGUAUUCACAGGUCCAAAAAGUUAGACCCGGACCCGAGGGCAAUCAGAAUGGACCCGAUAAUUAAAAUAAAUGGGGACCCGGAUACGAGAACAAUCAGACUGAACCCGAAUGGACGAGAGGACAACUCGACCUAGACCCGACCGGAGUACCACUGAAGUACCCCAUGUGCAUUUUACCAGUAAGCAUAUGGUCUCGUGAGUCUUUUCAAGUACCCCCUGUGGCUUGGCCAAGUACCCCCAGGAGUCCUUGUACCCCUGGUUGGGAACCAUUGCUAUAGGCUAUGCAGAGCAGUGGUCGGAUCUAUCAGCUGUCGUUACAUAGACCCGAGACCCGAUAACAAUUAAACAGGACCAGAGGGACAAGUUAGAAUUUCAGACCCGAACCCAAUAGGGCCCGGGGCGGGGCUCUGGUAUAUUGGGCCCACACGGACCUGUGACCACCUCUACUCCUGUGCUGUUUAAGAGUUAGACAUAAUGCCAAGAUAAAACGCUGACAUUUUCAAUGGUUUUCUGCUAUUCUCAUAAACUGAAAUAAAAAGGGUCUAUCCACGUUCUAUAGGUGUCACUACUGUAUGAUGGGUCUGUUAGUGUCCUUUUAACCAUACCUGGGUUCAGGUAUUAUACAUAGUAUCUUUCAAAUACUUUAAGCAUUUGCGUUAGCCUGUCUGGAGUGCUAGGUGGGUGUGCUUUGCACUUUUGGGACGUUUCUAUUGGUUCCAUCGCAACAGGCAAGCUCCCUCAAGCACAACUUAAGUAUUUGAAAUGACUUCAAAUAGUGUUUGGACCCAGGUCUGCUUAUACAGUAACAUGGUUAAUCAAUCAAUCUGUCAUUGCAUUGCCUCUGGACCAUUUACAUUUCAUAGCCAAAAGUAGGUGGACAUCCCUUCAAAUUAGUGGAUUCUACUAUUUCCGACACACCCAUUGCUGACAGGCGUAUUAAAUCGAGAACACAGCCAUGAAAUCUCCAUAGACAAACAUUGACAGUAGAAUGGCCCGCAUUGAAUAGCUCAGUGACUUUCAAUGUGGCACCAUCAUAGGAUGCCACCUUUACAAGUCAAUUCAUCUGCCCUGCUAGAGCUGCCCGGUCAAUUGUAAGUGCUGUUAUUGUGAGGUGGAAAACUAUAGGAGCAACAACGGCUCCGUUGCUAAGUGGUAGGCCACAGAAGCUCACAGAAUGGGACCUCCGAGUGCUGAAGCGUGUAGCGCAUAAAAAUCAUCUGUUCUCAGUUGCAACACUCACUACCGAGUUCCAAACUGCCUCAGCACAAGAACGGUUCGUCGGGAGCUUCAUAAAAUGGGUUUCCAUGGCCGAGCAGCCUAAGAUCACCAUGCGCAAUGCUGAGCAUUGACUGGCGUGGUGUAAAGCUCGCCGCCAAUGGACUGGAGCAGUGGAAACGCGUUCCCUGGAGUGAUGAAUCACGUUUCAACAUCUGGCAGUCCAACAGACUAAUCUGGGUUUGGCGGAUGCCAGGAGAACUCUACCUGCCCGAUUGUAUAGUGCCAACUGUGAAGUUUGGUGGAGGAGGAAUAGUCUGGGGCUGUUUUUCAUGGUUCGGGCUAGGCCCCUUAAUUCCAGUGAAGCGAAAUCUUAACGCUAUAGCCAAUGACAUUCUAGACAAUUCUGUGCUUCCAACUUUGUGGAAACAGUUUGAGGAAGGCAUAACAAUGCCCCUUGUGGACAAAUCAAGGUCAAGAUAGGUGUUGAAAAACUUGACUGGCCUGAACAGAGCCCUGACCUCAACCCAAAUUGGACACCUUGGGAUGAAUUUGAACGCCGACUGUGGGCAUAAUCGCCCAACAACAGUGCCCGAACUCACUAAUGCUCUUAUGGCUGAAUGGAAGUAAGUCCCUGCAUCAAUGCUAAAUCAUCUAUUGGAAAGCCUUCCCAGAAGAGUGGAGGCUGUUAUAGCAUCAAAGGGGGGACCAACUCCAUAUUAAUGCCCAUGAUGUUGGAAUGAGAUGUGGACACUGGCUCGUCAAACAUAGGAGUGUACACAAACUAUACUGGUAUUUACUUGUAUUUGUUUAACUGUGUUGAGGAAAAAUGUUUUAAAGAGUACUUCAUAAAAGUAUACAUUUACUGUCAACCCCAAACAAGUAUUAAAGAAAGCGGUUAUAUCCAUCACUUCAUAGUAUUUAUUUGGAGAAAGUAUGGUGGAUUGGGUGUAGUGAAAACACCAUUUUAUUUUUUUAUAACACAAUGCCUCUUUCAUAAGUGUGGGUUUAUGUUUACAUAAAGGGAAUUUAAACAUCUUUAUUCUGCAAACCAUCACAAGAUCCUUGGCCCUUACCUUAUACUGUAUAUUGAAACUGUCAUGUUUUUCUCCCAUCCCACAAAUUUGUUUCAUCAGUCAAUGGAGCCUUGAUGAAGUCCGUUUUUUAUUGUUUAUUCACUGGGCUGACAAGAUCUGUUGAGCAGGGUCAUGCAAUGCUUUGAUUUGAUUUUCAUGAAGUUGCAAAGACUAGGAUCCGAUCCGGUCGAGUUUGUAGACUGUAUUUUACAGGCACUUACGGUGUUUGCAGAGAUCGCAUUCAAGGUAAAUGCUGCAGAUGUUGGCUCAAUUGGAGAAAAUAAUGAAAUGCAAUAGCGUGGUUUUGGAUUGAAACCCGUCCAAAGUCUCUUGUGCGUUAGAAGUUGACACACUUGUUAUAUCAGAUACUCAGGUCCCUCCAAUGGUUCUUAAAAACAUAAGAAUAGUGCAUUUUAAAGGGGAUUAUGAAUAAAUGGAAUGUGCAGUCCACUCAGUCAUGGCAAAAUAUAAAUGGUUUGUUUUAGUACUUUUGAAUCUAAAUGUAAUAGUAUAUGUCCAAAACGUUUGUAAUAAAAACCGAAUUAAACCUUU